AUGGUAGUGGAAUUCGAACCAGAAGAUGUAUUAGGCAAGACCACUCUGACGGCAUCUCUAUACUUCCUACCUGCCCCGAUCUGCGGCUUAUUGAUGAACAUUGCCAUUGGCGCAUUCCUACCGCACCUGCGGCCAUCUAUUGCGAUCCCUGUCGCUUGGCUGUUGAGUGGCAUCGCCCCAUUGUUACUAGCCACAUUGUGCCGUCUUGAUGGGCCGGACUAUUGGCGGGGUCCCUUCCAGACAAUGGCCCUCAAGCGCGGACCUUAUGUAUACGAUCGCCAUUCUGGUAAUGACAGCUGCAUUUCCAUCGAGAACACAGGCCCUAGCGGGUGGAGUCUUCAAUAUGUUAUCGCAGAUUGGCAAGAGCGUGGGGAUCGACACGUCGGCGUUGAUCGCGCAACAGAUCACCUCUCAGGCCGCGAAAUCGGACGAUAUGGAGAACCUGUUGCUCGGGUAUAA